UGAGAGAACCUGAAAUAACAACUCCUGCAGAAUUGAUGACAAGUGACACGUCAGUGAAGUCUGAACCUAUCGAGAUAAGUUGUUCAAAACACGAUUCCAUUGAAAAAUGCCAAAAUGCAACAACAUCAAGUGUGAAAUGUAUCUGGUUUGAAAAGGCUAAUAUGUGCAUUAAGAGCGAUGAUAAUGAUGUUACAAACACCACUUCAGAAAUAAAUGGACGCAGUAAACAUAAUAACACACCUCGUUACUUGUAUAUCGUGAUACCAGUAGUCGUCGUCGUCGCUUUCUGUGUCAUAUGCAUCGGUUGUGCUAUUUGGAUGUAUAAGAGAAAGAAGAGUAAUCCAUGAUUUACAGAAUCGUCUUAUCGUUUGUUUUUAUUAUUUUGAUCGAGUUGUUUUAUUCUGUAUUUCAUCCGGAAACUUCUUCACAUUUUGUUAACCGUUUCAAUUAUUUGAACAAGUUCUAUACAAUUUUAUGUUUGUCAACGCAUCGACUGAAGUAAUUCGGUUGAUUAAAUAACUGAAAUAGUUU